GACUCAUCAGCGCUUGGUUCGUCAUUAUUCAGAGUGCAUUGUGAAAGUCUUUGGAGGCAGUUCGGCUGGCAUUUGUUAGACUUUUAGACCCCCUUUGACUUCUAACGUACAGGCCAUGGGGAAGGGCUGCACCACAGCAACGAAAUACUUCUUGUUCUUGUUCAACCUCCUCUUCUUCAUAUUUGGAGCCGUGAUUCUGGGAUUUGGACUAUGGGUUCUUUUGGACAACCAGAGUUUCAUGAAUGUUCUGCAGCAGUCUUCCACAUCCCUGAAAGUGGGCUCCUACAUUCUGAUCAGCGUGGGCUCACUGUCCAUGCUGAUGGGAUUCCUGGGCUGUAUUGGUGCCAUCUAUGAGAUCAGGUGCCUUCUGGGUUUGUACUUCACCUGCCUCCUCUUGAUACUGAUUGCCCAAAUCACUGCUGCUGUCCUGAUUUACUUCCAGCGAGACCUGCUGAAAGAUGAGAUGUCGGUCAUUGUUAAAAAAAUAAUUCUGGACUAUCGUGAGGGGAACACUACAGCGGACGCGGCCUGGGACUACAUUCAGAGAAGUAUUCACUGCUGUGGCUGGAGUGGCCCAGGGAACUGGACAGAGAACCCGGUGCUUAAGAACAACUCCAAAUCCGAGUAUCCCUGCUCUUGUGCCAACCUGACUGCUGUAAAUUCCUCUGUACCAAACAAUGGCUUCUGUCAGAGUGAAUCCAAGCAGUGGCCGGUCUACACCGUGGGAUGUGCUUCAAGUGUGGAGAAUUGGAUUCUCAGUAACUCUGGAGUUAUUCUUGGAGUCUGCAUCGGAGUGGCAGUCAUUGAGCUGCUGGGGAUGAUCCUAUCCAUAUGCCUUUGCAAGAGCAUACACCAGGAAGACUACACUAAAGUGCCCAAGUACUGAAUCCUUUUCUGCAGAAGAAAAACACUCAGCGCCUUCCUGUGCCAAUCCAAAAACAGGCAGUAUGGGCAAAUGAGAGACAUUGUGCAAUCCAGUUACAAUUAGAAAAGUGGAAAUCUACUCUUUCUCUUUCUCUCCCAAGUCACGCUGAAGGUUUAAUCCAUGUGGGAUAACAUCAUGCUGUUUCUGUCUCUUUUAGGGUUCCGGAAAUGUAUAUACUUUUUUUACAUGCUCUUAAUUUUUGGAGCGUUCUUUGCUAAAACAUUAGAAUAUGCCUAUUCCUAUGGUUAUUCAAGUAAUUUAAGACAGAGAAGGGAUAAGUUAUUUAGCCAAUUCAUUUCUUCUGUUCCCAAAAGCUACAUGUAUAGAUGUGUUUUUUUUCUUUUUUUAAGCACUUCAUAUCUUUUUUUUCCUUAAGAGCACUUUAGUAAAUGUUUUAUGCUGUUGAUCAGUGACACAAAGACUGGUCAAGGCAGUAUACACAAUAGCAGAUUCUAUAUAGUCAAAACAUGAGUGAGGAAGGGCUGUUAUUAAGCCAGAUGGGAGGCAGGUGUUGACAGUACAAAGUCCAUGUGAGUGACAUUAUUGGUUUGAAUAUUAAUUCAUUUCUCUCACACACUGAACAAGAUUAGAAAGAAUUGAGUUAUCAUUUGAGUUAUCAAUCAUUAUUAAUAACUUUCAAUCACCAUCAAUAAUUUUAUGUAAUAUAGUGCCUUUGAAAGCAAUCAUUUUUUAAAGCAAACUUCAUUUUCCCAUUCAAUUACUUUGCAAGCUGCAAAUUAAUUUGGAAAUUACCUCAAUACCCAAAAUACAGUAGCAACAGAUAAGAUUUUUUUUCUUACCUGCAAAAGUUUCUACUUUUUGACAAAUCCUUCUAACUCUCAAAAGGUUAGGUUGCUGUGUUCACAGUACAGCUCAGGCUUUGAUGCAGUGUAUAUGUUGUCAGUCCACUUCUGAAUUCUUAAGGAUUUCACAAUACCCUUCUUUUAUUAACUCAGUACUGUCAUCUGCUUUAAAUUUUAAGCCUUGAUUUUGAAAAUCCCCAUGGUUUGGCCUGGUCUGAUUGGUCUUUGUACCAUUAGGGUAUGGUAAAUUAGUUUUGCAUGAUGUCUUUUUAUAUGUAUUUUUGUGUAUGUAUAUAUUUCUGCAGUUAAGAAUUAAUGAGUGCCUGAUUUGCAGUUUAUGGCUUAGCAUUUUAUAUGAAAAGAUAGUUGCCAAUUUCCUCUGUAAUAAAUAAUACAAUUUUAUUUCUGUGACAUGUUUACAUGUGAAAUAUGAAGAGUUAUUGGAGGAAGAAUCGGCAAUAUUUGACACCAGAUAUUUACUUAAGACUCUCACACCACAUGUGCAUGUCACUCUUAAAGUAUGCUGUGAGUUGAUACUAUCUCUUUUAAAAUUAGGUAUGUGGGUUUUUAUUGUCCUUGUGCAAAGUUUUGCAUGGCUAAAGUGUGCCCUUAGGCUCUAGCUGAUAUAGGGCUCAAGUUAUCCGUCUUUGACCUAAAAUAAACAGAAGAUUAAGCAAGGGUUAGUAUUUUAAAGUUCUGAGAUGUGUUACACUAUACCAGAUGCUGUUUACUGUAUUAUCCAGUGUACUCAUGUCAUCUUCCAAUUACAACUUUUAAUGUACUGUGCUUCUUUAAAGACAUUUAAUAGUGUUUUUUGUUGCAGAUGCAAAUUUUACUUAAAGACAUCUGAAGAUUCUCAUUUUAUGAUGAUUAAAAUGUCAGGUACUGUUUUAAUGUACGUGACACUGCUUUAGGAUUUCUUGUUGUGUGGUCAAGUGUUAACAUUCCACACUUUAACUGUUCUUUAAAAGACAUAUUCAAGCACAUUCAACAGCAGAGAAGCUUUGGGCUUGAUCUUGUACAAAAGGACACCCAUUGGGGUAAUAACGUAACAGCUGGGUUUCUGAAGGUUUCUUGUAAAGUUAGUGGUUCUGAUCCAGAGACGGAAAUGUAGAUGAAGGCUCUUGCUUCUUUCCUUUUGUUUUUUCUGAGAAAACAUCCAUGGUUAUUUUUUAAGUUUUAUUGCAGAUAGGUAUUCUUGUUUUAUUUUUUAUAUCUAAGGAAUAGAUAUCAGUUUCUAGACAUGCUGUAACUGAAAGAAAAUGAUAGGGAUCCUUAUGAAAAUUGAAAUGUGCAUUUCUGUUCAGAAAGUCAAGCCAGUAAAAUAAAGUGAACUCACCCCAGAUCUUUGACUUCA